CUACGUUCGGAACUUUGUCCUCCAUACUGAAGUCUCUGUAUCUACAGAGCAAGGUCCCCAUGGCUACAUUGUUCAACCCAAACGUCAUGCUGGAUAAUAUUGGCAUCUCUAUUGCCAACUUGCAGGCUGCCUGUUCGCGUUCUCCAGGAUGGGGCUCGCCACGUCAAGCUGGGGAGGGUCUGAAGGCUCAAGCCAAAAGGCUCGACGACCAACUUUUGACUUGGGCACGUUGUAUGCCCAUUCAUUGGAGGCCAAACACACUCAUCAGUGGACGAGAUUUCGAUCCAACCAUCCCCAGCUAUUUGGGUCUGUGCGAUAACUACCCUUCAUGCCAGAUUGCGCUCGUUUGGCACUUAUGGCGACUCCAGCGCCUUACACUUUUAAAGCUCAUGCUAGUCUCUUCUAAUACAUCCUCACCAUACGAUUGUUCUUCUCAAACCCUAGGAAGUUGUACUCUGAACGACAGCGAAUAUACAUCUUCCCAUAGAGAAGUGGCUCAAGAUCUGGUCGACUCAGUGUGUCGGAGCACACCCUUUCACUUGGGCAAUCGAAGCCUCCCUUCAAGCAUGACUGAUUUCGAUAAUCUGGACAUCGUCAUUCUUCCCGGUUAUUCAUCUCCCGAUGCCCUUCAGAGUGACAGCGACUACAAUCAAUACCGCUAUCUUACUACCCAAUCAGACGAGCACAGACACCAUGUCAUAGCACAAGGGGCAUGGCAUAUGAUGAAUUCACUGAGCCGUCUCUUGGAAUUACUCUCUGAAGAACCCACGAUUGCGAAUCUGCUUCGACCAGGUCAACAUCAAUGGAUCCGAUCGCAAUUCCUCCGUGUCCGAACAUCGCUACAUAUUCCCUCAGCAGGAUAUGACGAUGUGAACCACAACAACAUCUCCGAAAAGCUUUUGGCGAAUUGAUAUC